CCUCUUCUUCUUCCUCUUCUCCUCCGCCGCCACCGAGAUCACGUCGAUGGGUGCAAGUGGCCCUUGUUACAACGGCUGCCGCCGGUAUUGGCGCAUAUAUCCGAUCCGAAUACGGUUCUCGGUCAUCAACCUUGUCUCCCACUCAAUUCACCCCAUACUAUUUAGUAUCGCGGGAACCCGUGUCAUCGUCGGGAAGCAUUUUCACUCUACAGCCGCCCAAGGUAGAUGGGAGCAACCGCGCCGUUUACGAGGAAGCAUGGACAACGGGAAUAUGGAGUGUGAUGUUCAAGCAGCCUCAACUGCAGAUCGGAAGAGACUAUACUCCCCUUCCCUCAACCUCGCCAGAUGAAGAGGAGGAUGAAUGCUUGCGGUUCUUCAUCCGGCGAGACCCCCAUGGCGAAGUUUCCCGCUAUCUCCACAACCUCGAUAUGGACUCGCCCAUAGAAGUGUGUGGCCCGAGGGUCGAAUGCGGGAUCCCACCGAGCACGCAACGCAUUCUCUUCAUUGCUGGUGGGACCGGAAUUGCCCCGGCGUUGCAAGCCGCACACACGCUUCUUCGUCGCACAAAUCAGACUUGUAAACCUAGAAUUCAUAUUCUUUGGGCUAACCGAAACCGGGACGACUGUUCGGGGGGAAUCAAUGACACAAUAGUGACUCCAGCUCCGCAGAGGUCGUGGUUCUUUGGUCGUUCAACACCAGCAGCCAGCCCAGCUCCGGUCGCGUCGCCUCUCAACCCGUCUCAAUCCCUCAUUGUCCGAGAGCUGGAGGCUCUCCGGGCGCAAUAUCCUGGUCAGAUGACCGUGGACUAUUUUGUCGACGAAGAAGGUAGUGCCAUUGGCAAGCAGGCGAUCCUGGAUUUCACUGAUUCGGUCGGCUUGCCGUCUCCCAAACCCAGUCAAGACAAUCUGAUCCUUGUGUCUGGACCAGAAGGCUUCAUCAGUUAUAUGGCAGGACCUAAGCUGUGGGCCGAGGGAAUGGAGUUACAAGGACCACUUCGAGGGAUCAUCAAAGAGCUUGAUCUGAAGGACUGGGCUGUAUGGAAGCUGUGAGGCCGUUCUAUGUACGCUUUAGAUAUAAGGAUAGAGGACAGUAGGUAAACAAGGAUGAUUAC